CAGAGCGGUGUAAAAUCUUUAUUAAAAAAUUUUAAGAACUUAUAAAAGAUAUUUUGAAAUAUUUCACCUUUUUACGGUAUUAUUGUGAAUAAAAUAUCAAAAUUGCCAUUAAAACUCGGCUACCACCGCAAUUUAAUAACGCAUUAAAGUUCAUAUAUAGACUAAUGUGUGUUAAGUCCACGAAUUUAUGCGAUGCGGUAGACAUAAGCCAUGAUGUAGAUGUGCAAUUUCUAACUAUCAGAACGAACAUGCAGUAAACGUGAUUCCGUACACAUUGGAGGAUUUAAAGAUGGAGUCUAGAGGAGGAUGAGAGGAAUGGCGAAUCGGUCAUUUAGAACGAGAUCGGGCGCGAUUAUAGCUAAUUACGUAGUUUUUCAAGAUUAUUCGUUCUAGGAGUUUCUAGUAAUCAAAAUGUAGACGGACGCGGGAUCGGUGAAAUUACGCGUUAUCGUCACGUACACAACUGGUGUACUAAGGGUAAUCGAUAGAGUAAAAGCAUCAACAUUGGUAAAUGUACAUCGACGGUUUAACUCCAUUCAGAGAGGUAGAGCCGUCAGGUGAAGACAGUCGCACUGCGGCUCCACCGUCUCUUUAUUGAUCAGAAACAACGUAGUAAACAUAGAAGAGACGUUAAACCCGACUUUCGGUAUGGAUUGGUUAGCGACAAAUCAUCAAGUAUUGGGCGACAAGUCGUCUACCAAUUUGAGGAAAGGUUAUCGUGUCGGAGACUUAAGCAAGAAUAGAGAUCCCGAUAAUAGCAAUACACCCUUAUUACACGAUCAAACUGUUUUGGAAAAGGAUAUAAAAUGCGGUAAAGGAAGCGGCCAAACAAGAUCUCCUAAUAAAUCAAAUAUGGAGAAUCAAAGCGAGGAUAAAUUAAUUAACGACGAGUGGACCGAAAUGGCACUUUCUCCACGACGCAGUGCGAACGCCAAAACACCUAGUAAAUCCAAAAGGGGUGGUCCCGGCAGAUCUCCUCUUCUAUCGCGAGAAUGGAAAGGACAGGAGAGCGAACGUCUAUUGAUCGAUUAUCGCGACGAACAGGGAGCGAUGGGGGAGAGCGACGAUGACGUAUGGGAUCCAGGUUGGGAUGAUCUAGAACAGGAAACGCCCACUAAAGGCUACCGGCGCAUCAAUACAAAGCGUAAUUAACCCCCUACAGUUCCUCCUUUACCGUCUCCUAUUCUAAACACCCCCAUUUCGAUCUUUCCACCCCCACUCUCCUCCUAGUUAAACUUCUAUGAAGCUGGACUUCAAUACCCCAUCGAAAUAGCGAAAAAAAAGACACACGAAAAGGUAAAAUUUAUCAUAUAGCAAGCACGUGAGUGGAAGAUAUCCAUCAAAAAAAUUUAUAUANAUG